AUGUCGUCAGCCCUAGUCUCGCUCCUGGUACCGGAGAGACUCGUCACUCUUACCCAGCUCUGCCAAACUGUUCAUGGCCACAUUCGCAUGGACAAUGCGAGCGCAAAAGCCAAUCUUCUUUCUAAGACACUGUGCUCCGGAUUCGGUUCGUUCGUCAGGAUGUCUACUCAUUGCCCCUGUCCAGCGAAGACAUUCCAUCCUGUGAUGGUUUGCUCGAAAGGUGGAUUUGGAACAGAGUCACACCCGUGUGUGGGAUGUGGUGUCAACACUUGCGACGAGUGCCGCAUCCAUGUUUUCUACAACUUCAUGACAGACGAUUCUGGGCUCGAUCAGCGUCGAUGGUGGGCAGGCUACUACUUCCUCAACCCCAUGGCUGUUGCAGUAUGUCCACCUAAGAACUCCGAUGGCAGCGCCUGGCAUCUACCUGUCAAGGAGAUGCUACCUCGCCAUGACCAGGGCCGCCUGCACAUUCCCCUAGCGAUCGGUGCUCUAGGCGAUCCCGAGCCGAUUGAGCCGAUUCUCGAUCUGAAUUUGGGUACCCACCAGUUCAUCAGUCCCCGUGGGCGUACACAAUUCCCCUACUCUGGCAAUAACAUCGUCUCAUUUCUCAAUCUGACUGUCAACAAGCGCAAAGACCUCGCAUGCCCUUCCUGUUACCUGGAACGCCAGAAUCAAGGUGUGGCGCCUUGUUCCUGCACCCUACGGAAGCGCUUCCUAGACCGAUGGUUGUGUAUGCACUGCUACAUCGAGGAGGUAAACGUUGAUGAACAGCUGCGCCGCCAUGUUGUGAAAGCAAGCGAGGUCGGACAAGGCCACAUACAUGUGUGUGGCUGCGGAACGGAGUUCACACCAGACAUCAUGCCAAAAGUCAUGUGCAACUGGUGCAAAGGCGAGAUCGCAGAGCUCGAGCAGGGCACCGAGGAUGAUGCCACCAGUGCGAACGCCGAAGACGACAGCGAAGAAGAAGAAGAGGAACUCGAGAACGGAGAUGACGAGGAGGAACAUUCGGCGGCUGACUUUGCGGGUCUGCCUCUGGACGAGUUUGGCUACGCUGAGAACCGCGACGGGUCUCUUUCGGUAUACGUGAACGGCGAGUGCAUCCGCGGAGAACGUUUGGGACGAGCUAUGAUCCGCCAGUGGAAGAGAAUCCAGGGUGAGCACGUUGAAUGUACUUGCUGUAUCUGCGACGAGAAGGACUCUAUGCAUGCUCACGCGGGGGAUGAUUCAGGGGACGAGGACGGGGACGAGGACGAGGGCGAAGAUGGCGAGGAUGACGAUGACGAUGAUCUACCAGAUCUGGAAGACGUCGAGUCAGCUGCUGGCUUCGAAGAUCCAUGGGGACUGGACUAA